CCAUGGAUGGGUUCUGACAUGGCUUGUGGAAAGCAACACGAAAGGGGCUGCUGUUACGCGGACCGAUCUGGCUGAUUCGUACCCAAACAUCAAUAAUGCGUGUGCUCUCCAUCCUCACCGCAGUCGCUUCGGCGGCCGCCCUUGUGGCUGGCAACCCUGUGGCCCGCCAGGCUUCCACUUUUGCCGGAUACCUCAUCUCGACCUUCAGCGACGCGAACCCGAAAGUCCAGUUCCACCUGUCAAACGGCAACAGCGCUUCGAGCUUCAAGUUCCUGAACAAGGGCCAGCCAGUCCUCACGUCGAACGUUGGCACCAAGGCUGUCCGCGAUGUGUUCUUGACGACCAACCCUUCGCGGUCCGAGUGGUACAUCAUCGCUACGGACCUCGACAUCAACGCGGCAGGCUUCAACUGGGACAAGGCCACCAGGACCGGCAGCCGGGGCAUCGUGGUUUGGAAGUCGACCAACUUGGUAGACUGGUCUGCCCCUUCAUUGAGAGUCGUCGAGGCGGACACCGCCGGCAUGGUCUGGGCCCCCUCCGCAGUCUGGGAUGAUGCCAAGGGCCACUGGUACGUCUUCUGGGCCUCUCGACACUACCGGUCCACCGACACGGCUCACACCGGGACCGCGACGCUCGACCGGAUCCGCUACACGGCGACCAAGGACUUCGUCACCUUCAGCCCUGCCCGGGACUACGUUGCCCUCGCCGACACCCCGCUCAUCGACCAGGAGUUCCAGUACCUCGGCACGCCCGGCGCGUACGCUCGCUUCCUCAAGAACGAGACGACCAACCAGGUCUACCAAGAGGUCACCUCCAACGGCAUCUUUGGCACGUGGAGACGCAUCCCCGGGUACGUCAGAAGCGAGAGCCCUCGAGAGGGUCCUGCCUCGUUUGCCGAUAACACGACGCCCGGCCUGUACCACCUCCUGCUCGACGACUACACGCAGUACGUGCCUUUCCAGACCAACAACAUUCAGUCGCCGAGCUGGCAGGGCUCCAGCACUUCCGGGUUUCCCAGGGGGUUGAAACAUGGUUCCGUCACGCCCUUGACGCAGGCUGAGUGGAAUGCCCUGAACUCCAGGUUCCCUGCGUAAAGAGUGUGCGAGGGAUUGUGACCCCAGAAACCACGGAUUGUAUGUUAGAGCCUCCGAUGCAUUAUGCAAAUGAUUUGAUGAUGAUUCAUAUAAGUACAAUAAGACAAGCCCGACCGUGGGACCUUUGGCUUGGAGCUUGUAUAGAGUGUCUGCAUGCUUGCGUGACGACGAUUUCUACAAUCGAAGCACCUGCCUGACUGUCAGUUAAGAGAGGAUCAAGCGAAUAAUCC